CGCAUUGAGAUCCAAUUGGGAGAUUCCACAUUCGGAGGUGGUCUGGGCCGCAUUUCGGCCGCAUUUGGCCACAUUCUUUCAUUCUUUUAGCAGUGUGCACGCAAUUGUGUCCUAGGCCACAUUGAAGGACCGCCUACUCAACUGCGUAAGCGGAAGUACGUACUCAUUCGUGCGCCAACAGCCAACAACAACAACAGGCAAAAUGGAUUCUCGUGGAUGGAGUACACACGAAACACGCUGUCUGAUUUCCAUUUGGGCCGAAGAGUCAGUACAACGGAAACUGGAUGAUUCAUAUCACAACCGGGCGAUUUAUGAGGAGAUUUCGAAAAAGAUGGAGGGGAAUGGUUACAGUCGAUCAUGGCAGCAAUGCCAACGUAAAAUCAAACACCUCAAGCAUGCUUUCAGAAAAGCCAAGGACUCCGACAACAAGUCUGGUGGGGACAGGAUAAGCGGUCUCUUUUACGAGGAAUUGGACAGGGUGCUAGGUGACCGACCGUCAUGCUGUCCCGGCGAAGGUGACGUGCUGGACUCCGAGCUCGAUUACACCAAAGAAGAGCCCCUUUUCAGCUCCACGAUGGACGCGAUUGGAGAUGCAGCCGUCACGUUGAGCAACAUUACGCCUGCUGAAACCCAGGGCGACGACGGCCGUAGUGACGAUACUACUGGACCAGAUGCAUCAUCAUCAUCAUCCCAGUCCUCCUCUGCAUCAUCAUCGUCAUCAUCAAAGCGACCGUCUAAUUCCAGCAGUGGCCAAACCAGACGGAAGAGGUCUAAGUUUGAGGCAACCCUGGAGGCCUUCUCCAAAGCCAUGUGCAACAGAAAGGACGAAGAGGUGCUUCUGCAGAUGCAAAGAGCACAGCAUGCCCAUGAGGAGAAACUGUCUGGGAUGAUGAUGCAGUCAAUUGCAUCUCUCGCCUCAACCAUGGCUUCUGCCCAAAGCCCUCCUGGGCACGGGCCCUCUUACCCCUGGUAUCAGCUGAUGCCACCACCAGCGCCACCGUCACAGUCUGUCCCCCCAGUCCAACACCCUCACCGCAAUGCGCAGUUUAACCCACCCCAGCAGAACAAGAUGGAGUCAGGUCUGACGGAGAUGAAGAUUGGGUUUAUUGGUGCGGGGAACAUGGCUUUUGGAAUAGCCAAGGGAAUCUUGAUGUCAGAGUACGUCAGACCCGAGAAUGUGAAAGUGAGCGCCCCGUCUUCCAACAACCUGGGGCGCUUCCAGGAAAUGGGAGUUGCAGUCACUCACUCCAACCAGGAAGUGGUCAGCAGCUCCCGCCUGGUCUUCCUGGCGGUCAAGCCGCACUUAGUCCCAGCGGUCCUCCAAGAGGUUGCCCCUCUCGUCACCCAGCAACACAUUGUUGUCUCCGUGGCGGCGGGCAUCACCAUAGCAACACUUGAAGGGCUCCUUCACCCAGACUCCAUUGUUUUGCGUCUCAUGCCCAACCUGCCCUGCAUGGUCCAGGAGGGGGCGCUGUUGUUCUGCAGAGGGACGAGGGCCAAGCCGGAGGACGGGGCGUUCCUGAGGUCCCUGCUGGCUCCCUGUGGGCUGGUGGAGGAGGGGCCCGAAAACUGGAUCGACGUCCACACCGGCCUGAGCGGCAGCGGCGUAGCAUUUGUGUACCUGUUUGCAGAGGCGUUGGCUGAGGGCGGAGUGAAGAUGGGCAUCCCCAGCGCCCUUGCCCACCGCAUCGCUGCGCAGACUGUCCUGGGUGCAGGCCACUUGCUGCGUGACUCGGGGAAGCACCCGGCCCAGUUGCGCUCGGACGUGUGCACCCCAGGGGGCACCACCAUUUUCGGGCUGCACGCGCUGGAGAAGGGCGGUGUGCGGGCCGCCACCAUGGGGGCCGUGGAGGCCGCCACGGAGAGGGCCAGGGAGCUGGGCAGGAAGUAGGAAGGAGGGAGACAGGAAGCAGGAAAUGGGGAGGCUUGCGCUGGAGAGUGGUUAAGAGCUCAGAUCCUUAAUAGGACGCAGAUAGAGAAGCGUCAAGGGAAGACUCUGAAAACAACUGCUUAAAGUCAGCUGUUACGCUAAGCAUAAUUAAUAAUAUAUUUUUGUAUGAUGCUUAUUGGAAACUGUAAAAAGUGAACAAAUUGAAAAAAUACAUUGCAAUUUUCAAGGGAAUAAUGUGUUUGGGACAGCCAGACAAUGAAGGACAGAAAGCCAAUAUCAUCACACCUUCAUGCUGGAGUGAGGGGACUCUUAAAUAUCUUCAUAGAGCACUUUUAGGUAAAAUGUCUACAUUGUACAAUUAAUUUGCCAUGUGUAUUUAUAAAUGCAUCUUGAAAAUCAUUUUAAAUUCUCUGCCGAAGAGUUACCAAGUGCUUGCCAGUUGAACCCAGGGAUAGUGUUGGCCACAGCAAGCACAAACCUGUACAACACUGAUAGAUAAUUGGUUGGAUGUCCAAGUAAACACUUUCCCUUGGUUCAUGGUGCUAAAGGGACAGGUGUGUAAGCAGCUUUGUCACUCCUGGAAAGGACGUGCCAUAGAUACUUAUGGUGAGGAAAGUAACUGUAGAGGUGUUCCUUGGUUCCGGUCUGAAGUCGCAAAAGCUGCUGGUGUUCCUUCAUCCUGAUCUCUGGUUGACAUCAUUGAAUUAACUGCUCUUGAAAUAC